AUGAAGGUCUUCGAGGCAGUCCGCGAUCGCGAGCGUGCCUUCCCGCCCUCGCUGGGCCUGAAGAUCCAGAUUUCAGAAUGUGCGAUCGACGCAGGCAAAAGGCUGACAUUCAGAGACCGUAUUUGGGUGCCGGGUGGAUCCGGAGGAGGUAACCAGGAGGAAGCUGAGAAAGACCAGUUGAGAACCCGCAUUGUGCAGCAGUCGCAUGACUCUGUUGCGACCGGUCAUCCCGGCAGGAAGUCCCAGCUGGUUCGCCGGUACGUAGCCAAUUGCGACACCUGCGGCAGAGAACACAUCUGGCGCCAGUCGAAGGGAUUUCUCAAGCCUCUGCCGAUUCCAGAUCGACCCCGAAGCCAUUUGUCCAUGGACUUCAUCACAGAUCUGCCGCCUACUGGACCGAGCAAGGCAAGGUACCUGUGGGUGAUUGUGGACAGACUGACAAAGGCUGUGACCCUCGAGGUGAUGGACAACAUGGAAGCUGAGCAGUGUGCAAACCGUUUUCUCCAGUGUCAUUACCGAUUUCACGGAAUGCCACGGUCCAUCGUCAGCGACCGCGGGAGCAACUGGCUAAGUAGGUUCUGGAAGAGGUUCUGCCGUCUUGCAGGUGUCACGCAGAAAUUGAGCACGGCCUAUCAUCCUCAGACGGACGGAGGGCCAGAGAGAAUGAACCAGGAGAUCGAGGCCUACCUGAGAGCCUACGUGUCGUACGUGCAGGACGACUGGGAGAACUGCUCCCUGCCGCGCAGCUGGCACUCAACAAUCGUGAAUCCGCAGCGACCAAGAUCAGCCCCUUUUCGCUGA